AUGAAGGUUACAGACGUCCAGGCCGCCUUCGCGUCGGCCGUUGUGCUCCUCUCGCUGCCUGCCGGUACAGUCGCCUCGUCACACCGGAGGUUUCACCAGCUUCCCAAUAAGAAGCAUACCCAUCUGCGCUCUCACACAGUUGAGGAUGCCAACUCUAUUGUCAAGCGAGGAACAUGCGCGUUCCCGACCGACGACCCCAACCUGGUUGCUGUCACGCCCGAUGCUGAGAAUGCUGGCUGGGCUAUGAGCCCGGAUCAGCCUUGUAAGCCAGGCCACUACUGUCCAAUUGCUUGCAAGCCUGGUAUGGUUAUGGCGCAAUGGGAUCCCGAUUCUUCGUACAGUUACCCAGCUUCUAUGAACGGAGGAUUGUACUGUGAUGACAGCGGCACUGUAUCCAAGCCAUUCCCCAACAAGCCGUACUGCGUUGAAGGUACCGGCUCUGUCGUAGCUGUCAACGACUGUGGUGAACCGAUGUCGUGGUGCCAAACUGUUCUGCCUGGUAACGAGGCAAUGCUUAUCCCAACUCUUGUCACAACCCAGGCGACACUUGCAGUUCCCGAUACAAGCUACUGGUGUGGAACCGCAGCUCACUACUACAUCAACGGUCCUGGAAGCUCCGUCGCGGAUUGUGUUUGGGGUGUCCCAACCAAGCCCGUUGGCAACUGGAGCCCCUACGUUGCUGGAGCUAACACCGACAGCAACGGUAACACAUUCGUCAAGCUUGGCUGGAACCCCAUCUGGCAGGACUCACCCUUGAAGAACACCCUGCCCACCUGGGGUGUCAAGAUCGAGUGCCCCGACGGUGGCUGCAACGGAUUGCCCUGUGAGAUUUCGCCCAACGCCUCUGGCAGCGUCGAUAGCAACGAAUCUUCCGUCGGUGCUGGCAACGCCGCUUUCUGCGUUGUCACUGUCCCCAAGGGUGGCGUUGCCAACAUUGUGGCAUACAACGUGGACGGCAGCUCUGGCUCCAGCGGCGAGGUUUCCACCACUGCGGCUCCUUCUUCGACCGAGGCCACUUCCACCACUGCCGCUGCAUCAACCACCACAACCGCAGAGUCAACAACAGAACAGACCACCGACGCUUCCAGCACGACCAAGGCUGGCACUUCCGCCACCGCUACCAAGGGAGCUUCGUCAACCGCGUCUCAAGCUCGCGCUCACGCCUCUGUGAAGCCUGGCAUGUUCCACGAGAACGGCACAUCGUCUCAGCAGACGACUUCGGCGCCCUCCGAGCCGUCUCAGACCCAGGCCGAGACUCCUGUUACCACAACCACUAAGAAGGGUGAGGCUGGCCGCCAGCAAGGCAGCACCGCCUUUGCAGGCCUUAUCGUUGCCUUUGUUGCCGCGGCUUGUUUCCUUUGA